GGAGAGCCGCUCCCCGCCGAGGAGCACCACAGCCCGGCGGAGGGAGCCCGCGUGCACCGCCUCAGGACUCUGGACCAGAGCGCGAGCCUGUUCUCGGAAACUUCCGCACAAGAGGAGCAAAGAUCCGGGAAACAGCGGAAAGCCCGCGCGCGCCUGCCCGCACACGGCUGCCUGAGCGGGGACACGCGCGGCGCCGUAGACCCCGGGCACGGCUGGACUUUAACGGACCGUCUGCGCUCCUACUGAACCCAUUUUUACAAAGGAAAACUUUUUCCUGUGGGGUUCAUCCGUGCUGAGAACUUCCCAGAAGACCACACUGACAGGCCGCCAUGCUGAAGCCGGGCGACGCCAGCGGCUCGGCCUUCCUGAAGGUGGACCCGUCCUACCUGCAGCACUGGCAGCAGCUCUUCCCCCAGGCUCAGCUGAAGGCGCCUCUGGCCCCGCAUCUCCCUCCACCUGACCGCCUCUCCAUCCCCGUGGACGCCCUGCGCCAGACCCGUCUGCACAGCCACCUCCUGCCCCCCCCUCACUGCACGUCCAGCUCUUCUUCCUCCACGUCCUCCUCCUCCUCAGCAGCUUCCUCUUCGUCCUCCUCCGUCUCCAUCUGCACCUCCUCCGGCCUCCCCCAGCUCCCCGUCCCACAGCAGAUUGCGCUCUUCGGGCAGGCAUUGGCACCCGUGUGCACCGGGCCUGUAGGACCCGCCGGAGGUGGUGGAGGGGGGGCAGGAGACCUGGUGGUGGUGCCCCCAGAGAGCCAGCAGGGGCCUGGCCCCGCAGCAGGGCUCGUCCAUCAGGCCAAAGAGCUGAGCUGCGGGGGGGUGGGGGUGGUGUCGUCCAGCGUAAAGAGCGGCAGCGGGGGAGGGGGCAGCGAGGAGGGGGUCAAAGGCGCAGAGGCCGGCUUUAAGUUGACGUCGGAGGAGCUGGAUUUCUACCUGUACGGGCAGCAGAGGAUGGAGAUCAUCCCGCUGAGCAGCCAGGCGGGGGAGCUCAGCAGCCGCUGUGACAUGUGUGCCGACAACAGGAACGGAGAGUGUCCGAUGCACGGCCCGCUACACUCCCUGCGCCGCCUCGUUGGCACCAGCAGCACGGCGGCGCCCGUCACCCUGCCGGACGUCCCUGAUUGGCUCAGAGACCUUCCUAGAGAGGUGUGUCUGUGCACGAGCACGGUUCCCGGUCUGGGUUACGGCAUCUGCGCCUCCCAGAGGAUCCCCCAGGGAACCUGGAUCGGCCCGUUUCAGGGCGUGCCGCUGACUCUGGACAAGCUACAGUCUGGAGCUGGCAGGAACACCCGGCACCUGUGGGAGAUUUAUGACGCAGAGGGAACUUUACUGCACUUUAUCGAUGGAAAUGAUCCCAGUAAGUCCAGUUGGAUGAGGUACAUCCGCUGCGCCAGACACUGCGGAGAGCAGAACAUGAUGGUGGUGCAGUACAGGUCCUGCAUCUUCUACAGAGCGUGUGUGGACAUUCCCAGAGGAACGGAGCUGCUGGUUUGGUACAAUGACUCCUACACCUCCUUCUUUGGUAUCCCGCUGCAGUGCAUCGCUCAGGACGAAAACUUGAACGUUCCUGCCACAGUGAUGGAAGCCAUGAGCAGACAGGAGUCCCUGCAGAGCUUCAACAAAAAUGCCAAGCCGUCUUCCUCUUCGUCGUCUUCCUCUGCGAUCCCCACCCUCGUCCGCUCCAUGGUCUUCCCCCACUCCCCCUGCUCUCGGAGUUUCUCUCUGCUGGACAAGGUUGGAGCUCAGUCGGACUCCAGUUUCGGUCAUUUGGGGUCCAAGAACCAGCGAGUCCUGGCGAGCCCGACCUCCACCAGCCAGCUGAGCAGCGAGUUCAGCGACUGGCAUCUGUGGAAGUGCGGGCAGUGCUUCAAGACCUUCACCCAGAGGAUCCUGCUGCAGAUGCACGUCUGCCCACAGAAUCCUGACAGGCCCUACCAGUGUGGCCAUUGCUCCCAGUCCUUCUCACAGCCGUCGGAGCUGAGGAACCAUGUGGUGACACACUCCAGUGAUCGGCCCUUCAAGUGUGGAUACUGCGGGCGGGCCUUCGCCGGCGCCACUACCCUCAACAACCACAUCCGCACGCACACCGGAGAGAAGCCGUUCAAGUGCGAGCGUUGCGACCGCAGCUUCACACAGGCCACUCAGCUCAGCCGCCAUCAGCGACUUCCCAACGAGUGCAAACCAAUGAACGAGAGCAGCGAGUCCAUCGAGGUGGAUUAACUCCAGAUUACCCCACCACCACCACCACCACCAGCGUCAGCUCCAUCUGAAAAUAUCUAGAAACUCUUUGUGAGUCCACAAACACGCCGCUGUCUCCACCGGCUUCUGUAAAAACACAGGAGAACGCCGUGGCGCCGCCUGGUUGUAAAGAAGCCGCUUCGGUUUAGAUGAUCCUCCACAAACUGUGAAAGUCCAUUACUAUUUUACCCCCCACCCCGGCCUCCCACUGUAAGCUCUGAUUGUUUAUUGUAGGGGUCUGGGACCUUCAACACCAACAGAUCCAUUUGGGUCGGUCUCUUACUGACCAGAACCCAAUGAGGGCCGCAAAGUAGAAAAAAACACCUUAUUUAUGUUUUUGAAUCCAUUUAGCAGUUCAUUUAUAAAAUGUAAU